AUGCUUUCAAUUUCAGUUUUAUCACUUCUCUUUUUGAAUUCUAUUUUAAACAAUAAUUCAAUUUUAGUAGCUGCUGCAGAUCUAACAGCCGCUGCUGUCGCAAAUAAUUUCAAUUCUAAUGAGAUCGGCUUACAAAAUGAAAACAGGUCGUCAAACGACCGCUUAAACUCUUUUUUUAUGGCUGUCUCCAUGAUUGGUUUAUCUGAGAUCGGUGAUAAAACUUUUUUAAUUGCUGUUCUAAUGGCUAUGCGUCAUUCUAGACUCUUUGUUUUCUCUUCUGCUGCAUCAUCCCUAGCUAUAAUGACUAUUCUUUCUGGUAUUGUAGGACAUGCCGUGAUUUCUUUCAUCUCUGAACGUUAUACUGCCUUCUUAGCUGCUUUAUUGUUCCUUAUUUUUGGUUACAAAUUGACCAUGGAAGGCUUAGAGAUGUCUAAAGACGCAGGUGUGGAAGAGGAAAUGGCUGAGGUAGAAGAAGAGCUUGCUGCCAACGAUAUGAACUCUAGACUGGAUGAUAUGGAAAGUGGUAGUGUUUUAAAUGCAAAGAAACAACAACCUUCUGUUUUGAAUAAGAUAUAUGAUCUAGCUGCGCUAAUCUUCUCGCCUGCAUGGGUUCAAAUCUUUGUUCUUAAUUUCUUUGCUGAAUUAGGUGAUCGUUCACAGAUUAGUAUCAUUGCCUUGGCUUCUGAUAACAAUUAUCGGUUUACUAUAGCUGGUGCUGUUGUGGGUCAUCUUAUAUGUUGUGGUUUUGCCGUUAUCGGUGGUAAAUAUUUGGCCUCCAAGAUUAGUAUGAGAACAGUUACUUUAGCUGGUGCAUUCUGCUUCUUCUUAUUUGCAGUCAUCUACCUAUAUUCUGCUUUCACUUUUUGA